UCAAUGAGCAUAGACCCGUUCUGACCGAGCAUCAGUCUAUUGAUUAUAUUUGAUAAUGUACUAAAAAUAGUAACAAUUUACUAAUGAUCAACGAAGAAAUUUGAGUCAUUAAAAAAAAAUGUAGUGACGUUUAUAUAAAGAGCUGUUUGGUAUUUUUUGUUCGUGAGUGUCAUUGAGUGCAGUAUAGUUGUUUUGCAAUGAAUUAUUUAUUCAUCGGUUGCUGGGGGCCAAAAGGGGUAGUUGAGAAAUUACUGCUUCCGUAAAAAAACUGUUCAUUCUUUGCGGGAAAAUGAGGUACCCCCUACACGGAGAAAAUUAGGACUUUAAAAUAAUCAUAAUGAAAUGGAUAUGGAGAAUGGGGGAGACGAUUUUGUGUCUGUUAUUUGUGAGUGCAGUUGAAAGCCACCUCAACUUAACCAUAGAUUCUCCAACGUCAGCACUAAACGAUAUUCCAAUUUCACAAAAUCACACGAGAAAAUUACUGGAAUUGUGUUUUUCCGAUCGAAUGAACCCAGUGGUCAUAACUAAAGAUUUGGAUAAAAUGUUUCGCGGAAUCACAGACAAUAAGGAAAGAAAUAUUUCUGUUAUCAUAAUAGAUGAAAAUUUGAGGUGGAGGUACUGGCAUGAUCGAAACUUAAUUGUGUAUCCAUCGUAUUCAACUGUCAUUCUGUCAGGCGAUUCUAUCAAAAGCGAGUGCUUCGUUUUAUCGCCCAAUGUAUUCAAGUGUCGCCCAAAUAAAAUCUCUGACAUCGAAAAACAUUUUUACUCUGUAAAUUAUUGGAGCAUCACGACGACCUUCUUGGUUCCCGGGAACCAGUGCGACGAUGCAUCAAAAGCCUUGGGAUGGCUCUGGGAGAAAGAAAUUUCUACAUCAUUUUUCUUAUGCCCCAACGAAUUUAACAACGAUACGAUGAUCUACACCAUGAACCCUUUUGGUGAUAGAGCGCCUAAACCCUGGGAGAAAGUCGAAACUCCAGACAAACCAUGCGACGUGUGCACGUUCUACAGAAUGUCAUUUAUUAACGACGCUGAAAUUUGUUCAAAUGUAACUUUUGACAAAACAGAGAUCCUAAACGGAUACAAAUUUGGUGUGUUCUUCUAUGGACCCAAGGCGUUACGAAAAACAGAAAUUUUCUUUAAAAAUUUAUUGUCAGCUAUGAACGUGACUCCUUCUGAUCCGUUUAGAUUACGUGGACAUUUAAAUUUACCUCUUAUCGAUCCAGUGCCAUUUGACUAUUCAAUGAAGCAACUUUACAAUAUUAUACCUUACUUUGAGCAAGGAGGAUACGUUAUAGUGACACAAAAACAAAGUUUUGUUCCGACUCUCGAUCAAGUUAUUGACAGUUUUUUCACUCGGGAAAGAAUCAUCAUGUCAUCAGUUAUUCUAUUAGUUCUUUUUUUAAUGAUGUUUCUCAACAACCAGUACGAUUUCGGUGCGACCGUUUUAGAUCUCGUAGCGUUUCUUCUCGACAUGGGAAUAUCGACUCCAAUUCUUCGACUUUCAAUGCUUAUCACUUUCAUGAGCGCAACGUUAUUUGCACUGAUUUUCAAUCCGGUGUUACAGGGACAGGUGACUUCUCUCUUGAGUAGACCAGGACAUAGAAAUGUCCGAAGUAUGAAGGACUUGAUAGAUCAUGAUUAUCGCGUGUAUUUCGGUCCUAUAGAAAUCACAAACAAAUUGCGUGAAAAUCGACGAUGGGAUGAUGAUUUUAAUGACCCCUAUUGGAAUAUGAUUCUUCGACACAAAAUUCAAGAUGCUUGUUUGACAAAAGUUAGAAACGAUUCCUCUGCUGCUUGUAUACUUGAUUAUACCGAACUCGAACACAUUGACGAGAACUUACACUAUUCGGAAGAAUUUUCCAAUAAAUAUCGGGUCUUCCUGACUGAUAGACAUUUCCUAUUAAAUGAGAGAAUCAAUAAGAUUGCCCUUAAAUUGUUCGAAACUGGUCAUUUAAAUUAUGCUGAGAGACGUGAGUUUCAUAAGAUUUUGUUGGAACGAAAACGAAAAAUUGAACGAAUUAAGGAAUUGAUAAAACAUAAUCAACUCGAUCUCGAGGAUUUUGAACUGAUUUAUAUCACGAUGACACUCGCGAUUGCUUGGGCGAUUAUCGUUUUUGGUAUCGAAGUUUUGAUUAAAAAAAUAGUAACUUUCUUAGAUAAACGUGCGAAAGAGUCAGACAAAAGAAAAUUGAUGAUCAGAGAGACAAUCGCGUCUACCGUUAGGCGAAUCGCCAUCAUCACUCAACAAUUAUAAUUCCCAUUAAAUAUCGCGUGAGUUUUUUCGCAAUGACAUAUUUAUUUAUCGAUUGGUGUUCCGUGUUUCUAUUGUACAUGUCGUUGAAUCAAACUAAUGAAUUUUGAGAUUAUCUGAAACUGCUUUUGUCGAAUCUUUUGAAGUCAUUAUCACAAGAUGAAAUCAUUUCAUACCGAUAGUCAUCUUCAAUAGAACUAACAAACGAAAAUGUUAUCUUAUGAAUUGCUUCCAUUUUACCGAACCUGCUAUACUACACAAGUCAAUCAAGCGUUUGUCAACAUGAAACCUUUCAGCCAUUAUUCUAAAUGCUUUGUUAUUAAUUUUUAUUUUUCUGCUUGAUAAUAAUUCAAAACUUGAAAUUUUUAG